UCGACGUCAAUGUUCAGCAGUUAAACAGAAGCAAUCAUUGAUCUGUCAUCAAUUCAGACCGGUAAUUUUUCUAUGCGCCGCUAUACUAGAAUAUACGGAUGCAACAGGAUUUCGCACCGUAAUCCUUUCGUAACUGACACUCUGCUUAGUGAUUUUUCACCACCGUAAACCGUCAGAAAUUCAAUCCGAAUUAUAGUAUGGCAACUGCCGAUGUUUCACUGUGAUAAUUUGACCAGUAGUUAUGAGGUAAUCACAACCAGUUUGACACACCCACGGUCUUCACCAAAUAAGUUCACCAGUUCGCGAAAGUCAGUUGGACAAAUUCGAACUAUUCAUACUGAUGAAUGAAACCUCUUCGUCACACUGACGAAGCAUUUCUUCAAAUGAUGAUUGUCAUCGUGUUUCGCUAACUUCAAGAGCUUUUCAACGACAACAUGAUUCAGGGUUCGACCAAUGUUGGCUGGAUUCAAAUGGCGACAACAUCGGCUGAUAUUUUCUUUUCUACGAAUGUAACUGCCAGUGGUGUGACGACGCAACCAUGGUGCUUGUAUCCAUACAUCAGGAGGUUGGCCUUCCCGGAUACGCUGGCCAAUCGCAUCUCCUUCAUCAUUCAGGUACCAAUAAUGCUGAGUCUAACCAUAGUUGGUCUCACUGGCAAUGCCUUAUCAUUCAUCGUCAUCGGGAAAGAGACGCGGAAAAAUUCAAAUUCCUUUCUCUUACAAUCUUUAGCCGUCUUGGACAACGCUGUUCUCCUAAUAUACGCUGUUUAUAUAUCACUCUCGGGCAUUUACCCAUACACAGGAAAGAUGAUAGGUUAUUACGAAAUACACCAGUACAUGGACCGCUAUCUGUUUUUCACUAGCAUGGCCCUGAAGACCGCAGCGAUAUACAUGAUCGUUUUAGUAACGGCCGAACGUUAUAUAGCCGUCUGCCUACCUCUACGGGCAAAGUCUCUGUGUACAGUGAUGAAUGCUAGGAUUGCAGUUUUCAUUCUAUGUCUCGUGUGUUUCUUGUACAACAUCCCUACAGUUUUUCAAGUUCAACUUUGGAUGGUGAAGGAACCAUGCUCGGGUUUAUUAAAACCAUACUCGAGCAUGAGCGAGUUUCGCCUGACGAAUAUUUAUUUCACAGUUAUCUAUGUCCACACGAUGUACUACGUCCUAAAGUUUCUCGUUCCAGUCGGUAUUAUGCUGUACAUGAAUUUCCAUCUGGUACGGUCGCUCAGAGCGGCCACCAACAUGCAGAGUCAGAAACCAGCGGACAGCAACAGGCGUCAGACUCAGGCAACGACGAUCACUCGCAGGGUACUUGCAGUCUCAGUCGUCUUCAUCUCUUUAGAGUUCCCAGCAGUUCUCUUAAAUUUCAUAUAUCUCGUUUCUCAAUCUCUCACAACAAAUGAGAGUGAGCUCUCACGUUAUGUAGGUAGACUUAUGGUCACAACCUAUAUUUUACAAACGAUUAAUUCGCUUGUUAAUUUUUAUAUAUAUGUGUUAACCGGGAAGAGCUUUCGCAGGACAAUGCGUCAAGUUCUUUGCUGCGGUUAAAAAUUUCAC